AUCAGGACAACCUUUGUACGAAACGGAUACAUCUCAUGUAUCCGACGUUCGUACCAGCGCUCACCAUGCAGAAGAAUGAUGUCACGAAAACCCAUCUUCGCAUUGACAUUCUUUGUAAUCGUAUAUCGUAUAUCCCAACGCCUUGUGUACUAUACGAUCUCUAAACGGUUAUUUCACCACAACUCACGCGUACUACCAUCUCAUAACCAACACUAUACCACCCCAGUCAAACUAACUCUCCACACAUCUGUCAAAACCCCACAAUUAUCCCCUAGAAACCAAACUUCAUCCAAGCCUCACUCCCGUUCCCGCGUACACCACCCGCCAUCACCGACCCCAACCAUCUCCACAAAACUCCCUCACCCACACAUACAUCCAUCAUACAUCACUAUCAUCCCAAACGCCAUACCAAGCCCAUAGCCGUACAUAUUCCAUACGCGUACGGUUACCGGCUAUCUUCGGUGCAAAGAAACUCCGACCCAAGCUUCCAGACCCCCUGUUUCCCCGCAUCCAGAGUUCCACAACCCCGGGUUUCGCCGCGCCAUGGUGUUGGGAGGUUCCUGAGGGAGGGAGCGGU